AUGGAUUUAAUUCGCUUUCGUCAUUUUGCGUUCCUUUCAUGCACACUGCUCAUCUCAUCACUGGUUGCGACCGAGGGUGCUGUUCUGGACAAGCUGCCUCAAAUUGUGGACCAGUGCUCCCCAAACCCUUGCCAGAACCAGGCGAUAUGUCGAACCCGUGGCGAUAGCUACUCUUGUUUCUGUGUGCCGGGUUUUCAGGGUUCUCACUGUCAGAUUGAUGUGAACGAGUGUGCUUCACAGCCCUGCAGGAACGGAGGAACCUGUGAGGACAGAGUGGGUCGAUUCUCCUGUCUGUGCUCUCCUGGUUUCACAGGUGCUACUUGUGAGAUCCAGAUUGACGAAUGUCAAUCACGGCCAUGCCUCAACGGAGGCAGUUGCCAUGACUACGUUGGUGGCUUCACUUGCACCUGUCUCACCGGUUUCCAAGGACAACGGUGUGAAAUCAACACUGAUGAGUGCCAAGAGCACCCUUGCCAAAACGGGGCUCUGUGUAUAGAUGGAGUGAAUGAUUACAGCUGUGACUGCUCUCAAACAGCCUUCACCGGCCCACGCUGUGAGACACCUCUACCGCCUUGCUACUCUGAACCCUGCUUUAAUAGCGCCUUCUGUAAGGACAAUGGAGGGAACUACACCUGUGAAUGCUGGCCUGGGUUUGAGGGCCGUCAUUGUGAGAUAGACAUCAACGAGUGUGGCAGCGGCCCUUGCAGAAAUGGCGGCAGCUGCAUUGAGAGAUCUUGGCAUGCCUUGUACGGCAGUGAGCCUCUUCUGCCUGAAAGCUAUGACCACAAACAGUCUGCAGGUUACAUCUGCAGGUGUCCCCCAGGAACAACAGAAAUGGACUCUCUGCAAGUUGCAGGGGCACUGACUCAGUAA